AUUUCGUUAUUUCUUUUUUUUUGCAUAUGUGCAUACACAACUAUAGUUAAGUAUAAUGGCUGUUAAACAGUUUGUGUGUAAAAAUAUAAAUGCAAUACAAAUAGUAGAAGUUUAAUUACAUAACUCGAUAUCUUAAACUCAAAACCUUGUAACUAAAAUAAUUCAAAUUUUACAGAAGACAUUAAAAACUGUUUAUUUAUAACAUAUUUUGAUUAAUUUGUCAAACUUUGAAUUUAAUAGAUUUUAUAGCUCAAUAGAUGGCAUUUCCGGUUACAUUUUUAAUUUUCUUCCAAUCGACAGAGCUUCAAAGAUUCUAUCACAAGAAAAAGUGAAAUUGGUAAAAAAUUCGAGAUACGAAGUUUCGAAUUUAAGGUAUCGAAAUGUAAUGUAACACGUAAUAUAGGCAAAUAUUUUUUCACGACACAAAAGUAGAAUAAAAUAAUUUUCUCUACAAAAUUAAAGUCAAUUUUUUCAAAUUAAAUUUAUUAUAUGAUUUUUAAUUAUAUAUUUCAUAAUACAAUUUUCAAAUUCAUUUACCGAUUCGUUGUAUCGUCUCUCACUAACUGGUCUCAUUUCUUUUGAUGUAAUAUAUAUCGCGCUAUUUCAAUCUAAAUCAGACCGUGAUAAAAUCAAUUUUAAUGGACAUAAAGUGUAUGAAAUUGAUAAUGGAAGUCCACAUCUGUAUUUCGUUGCCGGAGUCAUAAAAUCGAAGUGCACACAGACUUCUUUAGCACCGUUAUAUUAUACACGUUACACGAUUAACAUAUCUUCACAUUUCUUUUUGUGCAGAAGUAUAUCUUAUCUAAAAUUAAGUAGAAAAUACAUGGAAUACGCUGGUUAGCUAUUUCGUACACGUAGAAAGCUGAAGGGCAUUUAAAUGCGUAUUGCUAUCGUUUCUCACGCGAUAAAAGUAUAUUAAUAUACAUUAUUGAAACGUUGCUGCACAUUUCCGCAAAAUGCGGAGAACACGCGAUAAAGUUUCUGUAGACUAUAGAAUAGACUAGAUCCAUGGUAAGAUAGAUUUGUGCGGCAUUCAAGUAGCGCUUUUUCUUUUCACCUGUGCCAAUCGGUGUGCUCAGUAUCGUAUGCGUUAAGAAUCCUUUAGAUCGUAAGAACAUCGUCUGUCAAUUUUUUUUUGUAAAACAUGCGAAUUUAAUGAGCGCCCGCAGGAAAGCGUUUCGCUUGAUUUAUCCGACACGUACCUCAGGAAUUGAUUGCGAUCAAUUCACACUGGAUACCGUCGAAGUGCAACACGGGGCAGGCAUUUUCUUAUACCAUUGUACACAUCUCUGGACUUAGAACAGCCAAUGUACUUUGUGCGGCUUGAAGGACAGGACCAAGGGGAGAAAUGUCGUACGUUUUGGGAAAAAAAAGUUCCACCUCGUCUUUCAUUCAAGCCGCAGAGCAGCGUUGCUUGUUCUAGUUCGCAGAACCAUUUUCUAUAUACAUCUAACAUGACUGUACUGAGAAUACUGCAACCCCCAUCGCAGUGAGAUCAGCGCAGACAACUGUGGCUGCGGAUAAAGAUGUAAUAUCCUGCAUAUACGUGGUCGAUCGAGCAAUAUUUUUGAUUAAUGGGAGUUAAUUAUUAUUGAGAGUUAUGCAACGUGCUUCAGCACUGCUUCGCGCAUUUCAGUGUCAUCUUGUGCGAAUUGGUCACAGGGGUGUUUGCUACUUCGCUCGUGCUCGCGAUAUAUAACUCUAACCUUCAUAUAACUGUCUGAACUGCUAUCAUUGGGUUCCGCGGGUUCUCGAGUUCUACAGCAAAAUCGAUGCUCCGGCUGUGGACGCGCAUCCGCGCUGUCUGGCGCAAUCGUGUCAAACUGUUUCUCCGCGUAUUAUAGCCAUCGCUACGGGCACUUGAAGAGCCCCUCCUCUCAUCUUGCUCCGCUCAAACGGCUACUUAUGCAGGAAAGUUUCUUACUCGUGAAACACUUUCGAGUCGAGAUUUUUAAUCUUUAAGCAGUCAGCUCUCAAAGUCAUCCACAGAUAUUUGUGUAUAAAUAUCCGUGAUUAUGUAGAUUUCGAGAACCUGUUGUUGUCAUUGAUUGAUGCUCAGAAGGCACUUGUUCGCAGAAGACUUUAUUCACUGAAGUAACGAAGUUUCAGUUUGUAAUUAAUUUCGUUUCGGAGAGAAGAUUUAUCAUCUCUGAUUAAUACGUUCUUUUUGCUUUCAGAGUGGAUGACAACUUUUGUAUUCCAAUUAAUUUUAAAAAGAUCUGUUUUUUUGCAUUUAUUCCUCUUCAAAUAAGGAUCUUAAUUGUAUUCUUCAUAAAUGUAAAAAUACGUAGCCUGAAUAAGAAAAAUAUGAGUAUGGCAUUUAUUCUCUUUUCAGUGUCUUCUCCAAUACAAUUUUUAACACAGUUUUUUCUUUUAACAUGCGAUAACUUUUAAAUCUCAAGUUUAAAUCUCUUUUCAUAUUGGGUUACGUUUCAUAUUAAUGUAAAAAUAUUGGUUUCAUAAUCUCUUUGAAUCACAAGCGAACAGUGGAGAUGGCUGAGUCGGUAGUGAGAAUUGGGAAGCCAAUGUGACAGCGAAAGAUAGCAAACACCCCUAAAGGUCCCGCGAUAGGAAUCCGAUAAUGAGAAACGGUAAAAUGGAAAAACGGGUUUAGAGAGCAAAAAUGAGAAAAAAAAAAAAAAGAGAUGAAAAAUACUAACGUCACUCGCUCGAACGAGAAUUAUGCUGAUAUGCAGAUCCACUAAUGUCAACGUAACUACAGUUCUAUUUCCAGAGUCUCUGGAAAAAGCAAUUCCAAUCAGAUCCAUUGUACAAUAUUGUUGCGAGUAUUGUCCGCUCAUAUGUCCGUGUUGUACUUGUCACUCUCACACGCGCGUUACUGUAAGUACUGAAAACGAGAAGAGGACGUACGUAUUACACCUACAAUUUGAUUUACCUUUAAUUCAAGUACUAGAUAUACAUAUAUAUAUGCAUAUCUAUAUCUCUAUAUCUAUAUAUAUAUAUAUAUAUUAAUUCGACAUGAGAGAAGGGCGCGGGCGGAUUAUCUCAGCCCCUCUACCGGUUUUAACCGCACGGUGGUGAGGCUGAGUAAUGCCGAACGAAUAAAAUCCCAGAACCCCCGAAAAGGCCUGUAAACAGUGAGCUUCGGUGAGUAGCGUCAUGCUGAUUCAUGAGACGAUGUCUUAAUGUCGCUUCUUACUAAUAAUGCCGUUUACGGCAGGUAGGAAUGAGAAGUUUACUUUGAGAAUGUGUGUGAGAAAAAAUAUAUCAUCCUGUGGAGGGUUAUGGGUGCAGGAAAUGAAGCAGUGAUCUGUAAGUAAGACUUGCGAAUUGCCAAGAAGUUCACCGCUCCGUCGCGAGAGAAGCUUUGCUCAAGAAUCACAAUUCUCGUUGCGCAAAUAAUCCGUUUAAAUAUGUAAUUUAUAGCGUGGAGUUUCCACUCGUUUGUACUCGUUUGAUGUUUAUGCCGAUGUAAAUUUUGAAACACAAUGUAAACUUAAAUUGCGUCUCUGUCGACGCGAAGGACACUCGCGAUUUUUCAACAAGUUUCUUCGAACCGUCCCGCACGCGCGACAUUUAUUUUUGGCAAUUUGCAACACCCAAACGUGUCGGCAAGAGAGAAAUGAGAAAGGUGGCAUGACGCAGAAAGACGUGUGAUUUAGGCGGCUUGGUACAACAAGUGCCAGUUCCAUUAGCAAAAUUUCCUUCGGCCAUUGGAUGUGUACGUAUUGAAUCCGUUUUUUUUUUUUCUAAAAAAAAUCCGUCUAGCAGCCAACAGUAAGACACAGAUUUUUUGUGCCGUACGUAAAAUAGUAUAAUAAAUCAAUUAUAGGCUGUAAGUUCUCUUUCGUAGAAAAAAGUGAAACGUUAUGAAACUUAAGGUGUGUGCUGAUUAUAGCUUCAUUGCCAUCGCAUUCUCGUGUCAGGCGGAGAACUGUUGCCACCCUCGCAUGGACCUGGGAGAAUGCCCCCAGAUUCACGACUUGGCCCUACGGGCUGACUACGAGGCCGCGCAAAGGAAGAGGGAUCACUUUUACGACAUUGAUGCAAUGGAACAUCUACAGAACUUCAUCGCCGAUUGCGAUCGUCGUACGGAGCAGGCGAAGCAGCGGCUGGCGGAGACGCAGGAGGAGCUGAGCGCGGAAGUGGCGGCGAAGGCGAACAACGUUCACGUGCUCGCCGAGGAGAUCGGUAAGAAACUAGCCAAAGCCGAGCAGCUCGGCGAGGAAGGCUUCGUCGAGGAGUCGAUGAAGCUGAUGGGCGAGAUCGACGAGCUGCGUAAGAAGAAGAACGAGGCUGAGCAGGAGUAUCGUAACAGCAUGCCGGCGUCGAGUUAUCAGCAGCAAAAGCUGCGAGUGUGUGAAGUGUGCAGCGCAUAUCUCGGCAUACACGACAACGACCGGCGGCUGGCCGAUCAUUUCGGCGGUAAACUGCACUUGGGUUUCAUCAAGAUUCGCGAGAAGCUUGCCGAGCUGCAGAAGACCGUCGAAGAGAGGCGGAAGGAGAAGCGCGAGUCCAUGCUCGACAGGAGACGGGACCGGGACAGGGAGGACCGCGACAGAGAUCGUGACAACAGGGAUAGGAACCGCGGCGGAUUGGGCAGGGACCGCGACCGUGACAGAGACCGUGACCGUGACCGCGAACGCGAACGCGAGCGUGACCGUGACCGUGAUCGCGAGCGUGAUCGCGAUCGCGAUCGCGAGCGUGAUCGCGACCGGGAGCGUAGAGACAGGGACAGGAGAAAGUCACGAUCUCGCAGUCGCAGUCGUGGAAAAAGAUCAAAACGUUCCCGCAGUGGCAGCCACAGCCGUCGAUCUCGUUCCCGCCGCAGUGGAUCUAACGAUCGCAAAAGAUAAGAAAUAAAAUGUUUAAUGACUUAUGCUCAAUCGGUUCUUUUGUCUCCUUACACGCGCACAUUUGUACAUGUAACGUGAUGAAUCGUGCGAGAUAUUCGCGUCGACGUAGAGUCGUUUGUAGCAAAUGUGAUGCUCUGUGUUGACGUAAUCUUUGUACAUUACUCGUCAUCUAAUUGAUAUUGACGCGAGUUACUAUUUAUGUGCGGAAACCAUGUACUAUUAAACCAUGUCUUAGAUUUCAUUUAGAGAAAUGAUCUUAUAUACUACCAUUUCCCUUUUUUUGGCUUUUAAAUUAGUUUUAAUGUAUUGUAAAUAAGAUUUAAGUAUAAUUCAUAUUGACAGUUGUUAUAUGUUUAUCAUAUUACAUGAUUGCAAAUAAAACAAUAGUGAUAUGCAGAUAACAAUAGUGAAUAAUGAAUCCGCAUUAUGCUAUUUCAUAUCCUACACAGAGAUUAUAAAUCUAGAUAAACCGAUCGUUCAUCUGUCACAGUAACAUUAAACUGUUAAUUUUAGAAUAAUGUAAAAUCCAUUCAAUACCGGUAUAAGGUUCUUUUUCACAAUAUACAUAUUUAAUAAUAAUUGUUUUUUCACAA